AUGUUACGAAGACAAGCCCGUUUAAGAAGAGAAUAUCUUUUCGAAAAGGCCAAGGAGACACGGAGGCAUAAAUCCGAAGAGAAGAAACAAAAGUUGAUCAACAGUUUGACGAACAACAAGACCAUACAUCCUAGUCUCCAGAAGGAGGCCAUUACCAUACAGGAAAAACUAAAAUAUAGUUUGGAUCAAGAAAAUCCCAAUGUCGACGAUGAAUAUCGUUAUGCGGGCAGUGAGGAUCCCAAAAUUAUGAUCACAACUUCCCAUGAACCAUCCGCAAGGCUAAAAAUGUUUGUCAAAGAAUUGCGUCUGAUCUUCCCCAAUGCUCAGCGCAUGAACAGAGGUAAAUACGAACUGAAGCAACUGAUACAUGCCUGCCGUGCCAAUGAUGUUACCGAUUUCAUAAUUGUCCACGAACAUCGUGGUGUACCCGACAGUUUGGUCAUAUGCCAUUUACCCUAUGGACCGACGGCCUUCUUUAAUAUAUCCGGUGUGGUAAUGCGUCACGAUAUACCCGACAUUGGACCGAUGAGUGAACAAAAGCCUCAUUUAAUUUUUCAUAAUUUCAAAACCGAUUUGGGUAAACGUACAAUGACCAUAUUGAAACAUUUAUUCCCCGUCCCCAAAGAGGAUUCGAAGCGUGUUAUUACCUUCGCCAAUCAUGAUGAUUAUAUUGCUUUCCGUCAUCAUACCUAUCAAUAUGUUAACAAAGAACUGGAAAUGAAAGAGGUGGGGCCGAGAUUCCAAUUGAAAUUAUAUCAAAUUAAGUUGGGUACACUCGAUGAAAUACAGACAGCCAAUACCGAAUGGGUACUGCGGCCGUACAUGAAUACAUCAAUGAAGAGAAGGUUUUUGUCCGAUGAUGAUGGUUGGUGUCAAGAUGAGGCGGAAGUAUAA